AUGCUCGCAGCUACCUCAGCCUAUCCAGAUCAGACCCUCUUGUGUGUGUUCAGGCUAAGUCUCGACCGUAUAGUACCGCGAACUCGCGCAUCUUCUAGCCCCAUCCAACGAGCUUCAGAAGUCCACAACGGCCUGCACGCCGAGCGGAGAUCCGGGAGCAUGGUCUCACAAAUGCCCCAUCCAUGCGACCCCGAAACAGAACUCUUGCUCACUCCUCAUCUUGCUUAUGUCCCCUUGCGGAGUCUGGAGGAACAGUUGAGGCCCUCGAACAGGCCCGCAGCAUUCGCUUCAUCUUGCCUGUUGCUCGCGAAACCAGGCGUCGUUCACACUCAAAAUCGGGACGGUCCACUUGCCGUCUUGAUUUCUGCGUCAAUCCUAGUCUUUAGAAGCCCACAGUGCCCAGUCGCCCGAUCCGCUUGGCCGUCAUGGGAUUCGUCGAUGCUGGCCGCGUGA